GUUAAUUAAAGGAUUUAAGUAAAAUUAAAAGAGAUUCCUUUAGAAAUUCGUACUUUUUUACUUGUCAAGAAACUCGGCUUCAGCCUGAGGUUGCUCAGUGAUGUCGACAGUCAGCAAAUUAGAAAUACAUGGUAUACGAAGUUUUGGUAUUCAUAGUGGGGAUGAACAGCGGAUAACUUUUUAUUCGCCACUGACAUUGAUUGUCGGUCAGAAUGGAUGUGGAAAGACAACAAUUAUCGAGUGCUUAAAGUAUGGAGUAACCGGUGAUCUGCCUCCGAAUUCAGAUAAUGGAAAAUCCUUUGUUCAUAACACCAGAAUGGCAUGUGCGUCCGAGGCAAUUGGCAAAGUAAAGUUGCAAGUUAAGGAUAUUCAUGGCAACAAAACGACCAUUGAUCGAAGUCACAAAGUCACAGUGAAAGCACGUGGAGGAAAGGUUACGGCAAAUGCAAUGAACACUUGUGUCACUCAUGAGACAAAUGAUGGGAAACAGGCGACAUUGACACGUCGCAAGGAAGAUGCGACAACGGAAAUGUGUCGAGCAAUGGGAGUAUCAAGAGCCAUUAUUAACAACGUUAUAUUUUGCCAUCAAGAAGACAGUAAUUGGCCCUUGGAAGGCGAUGCCAAAGUAAAGAAAAACUUUGAUGAGAUUUUUGGAACCAGUGACUACAACAAGGUUCUUGAGGAACUCAAUAAAAAGAUGAAGGAACGUGAAAUUAGAAAAAAAUUGUUGCAAGAAGAAUUGAAGCUGAAAAAGCACAUUAAAAUGCAGGCAGAUCAAUUAAGUGCAAAGCUGGCACGUUUCGAGUUAUCUAUAGCCAAAAACAAAUCCGAAAUAACUGAAAUUGAAGAAAAGCUAAAACCAAUUCGAAGUCGCAUUGUCGAAAUUUCUGAAAGAGAGUGUAAGGCAUCGGAAUUUUAUACGCAGGAAAUCAAGCUAAAAGAAAAAAUCCUGGCAAAUGAAAACAGCCAAAAGACAUUCAAAAAUCGCAUUACAAAUUAUUUCGAAGGUGAUAUUCCGUCGUUGCAACAAGAAAUCCGUGAUUUUCAAAACAAUGUGUCAAAGGUCAAGGAUGAAAACGAAAUCGUAGAUGUACAAAUUGUAGAGUUGAAGCAAAAUAAUGAUCGCAAUGAAAUGAAAAUUCGAAAAAUAGAACAAGAUCGCAUCCAAUGGCAACAAAUGCAGCAACAGGAACAAGAAAAAGUUGCUGAACGCGCACAAUUUUUGCGGGAAAUAGGACCAAAAGUAGAGCUCCUUGUGCCAAGCGAAAUUGAAAACGAGCCGAACACUGUUGCAAAAACUCUAAUUUUACAAAUCAAAGACAAGGUAAAAGAAAAGGACUCCACAUUGAAGAAAAUGAAGGAAAGUCACGAGGAAAUGGAAAGAAAAUUCCAAGAAAAGGUUGAUAUGACUCGUGACAAAAAGACCAAAGCAAAUGCGGCGAUUGCAUCGAAAAUGAGUGAAAUCAAGAAAAACGAAGCAGAAAUGAGUGAAUUAGAAUCAAGGGCCAAUAAGAUUGAAGCAAGUGCGACAAAAAUUAAGGAACUUGAGAAAAAGAUAGAAAAACAUGAGCAAGAAUUCAUUGCAUGGACUGAGCAACAACGAUUCAGUGAACAAGAAGCGGAUAUCAGUAAUAUGAAGACACGCCGUGAUACCAUUCAAAAAGAAGCCGAUGAAUUAGAUGACAAAAUUGACCAACUUAGCACGGUGGCCAACAUUUUCAAUGAAAUUCAAUUCAAAGAAAAGCAAAGUGCAAAUUUUGAAACAGAGUUCAAGCGAAUCAAAAACAAACAUGCAGAUAAUUUAUCGAGAAUUUUUCCUAACAAAACUAUUGAGCGCGACUUCAAACGUGAAGUCCAACGUCGAUUCGAUCAACUUGCGGCUUCCGUGAAAGAAAUGUCGAAUAAAUUGAAUGAUAAACAGCGGAUUUUGCUUCAAGCCAAAACAAAGCACCAACACUUGCGUAAUUCAUUGAAGGACAAAGAAGACGAACUUAAACGUCUUGACGAGUCGAUUUACAAUCAAUGUCAAUCUGAAGAAUAUGUGGAAGUAAAAACUAGAGUUAAGGAAAAGGUUGAAAAAUUACGAGCAGAAUUGGGAGCAAAUCGUGCUUCGGAAACGCUCUUUAAGAAGUACAUAGCAGAUUUAAGUGACCGUUCUUGUUGUCCUUUAUGUCACAACGACAUGACGGGAUCGGGCAAAGAUGAUCUGAUCGAAGAGUUGACUACAAAGGUACAAAGUUUACCUGAAAAGGUACUACAACAGCAACAAAACUUGAUGAGCGAAGAACGCAAAUUGGAAGAUCUUUUAAAAUUAGGGCCGAUCUUGGAGCGUGCUAAGAAAUUGCGCGAAGACACUAUCAACUUGAAAGAUGAAAUUCGUAAACUUGAUGAUACAAUGAAGGAAAUGCAGUGUGAAAUAGAUGACAUAGAAAUGUGUCUUGCUUCCCCAGAAGAAGAAAAAUCGAUUGCCAAUAUUAUGUUGGCGGACAUGAAUUCACUCGAUCGCUACAAAUCAGAAAUCGAAAGACACCAAAAUGACAUUCAAUCUCUCAGGGAGACAUUGCCAUCGAAUCAAGCAAACGAAAAUCUCGAAGAAAUAAAAACUAGAAAGAAGAAUCUUCAAGACGAAUUGCGGGAGCUACGUGCUAAACUUGAUGUGUCACAAAGAAAUCUAGAUAUGGGAAAACAAAUGCAAGAAGAAAUGCAGCGGAAACGUAAUACACUUUUGCAACUUAAGUUUGAAUUACAAGAAAGCGCGCAAUCAGUGCCACAAUUAAGACAAAGAGUUGAACAGCUAAAAUCGCAAAUUGAAAAUGCUCGACAAGAAUUAAUACAAUUGAAUCAUGAGUUGGACAUAGCGAAAAAUGAUUUGGAAUUAUUAGAAACUGAAAAACAGAAAGAAAAGGCAAAGAAUAAAAGUAUUUUUGACGAAGCCUCCAUCGAAAAGCAACAAAUUGAUCAGCUCUUUAGAGAUAUUUGUCGCUGUAACGAUGAAAUAUCCCAAUUUGAAACUAUGGGUCUUAAAGAAAAGUUGGAAGAAUUAAAACAAGCUUUAACUCAACGUUUGGAUGAAAAAACUAAAUUGCAGAACGAGCUCAAAACAUUAGAAGAAAAGUCCAAGUCUCUGAAUGAUACUAUCGCAAAACAAGAAGUUUUGGAACGCGAUCUUAAAGAAAAUCUGGAUCUGAAACAAGCUGAACGCGAACACGAAGAAUUGCAAAGACAACUUAAAGAAUUAGAGUUGGAUUUGGGAGAUCUUGAUUUUUCAAAACUGCGUCGCGAAAAAGACCGUCUUCAAAAAGAAGACGACGAAAUGGUAGCGAAACGUAGUGUCAUUUACGGCGCCUUAAGUAAGGAGCAAGAACAAGCGAAAGAAUAUCAAGCAGAAUUGAAUAAGUCAGAUUUUAAAGAUUCUUUUCGGAAGUAUAUCAAUACAUAUCACGAACUGCGACUCAUUGAACUACUAAUCUCGGAUAUCAAAAAGUAUCGAUCCGCUCUUGAUGUGGCUUUGACGAAAUAUCAUCAGGAGAAAAUGUGUCAAAUUAAUCAAAGCAUUCGAGGGUUGUGGCAGGAAAUUUACCGCGGAAACGACAUAGACUACAUCGAGAUUCGAACCGAAGCUCCGGAAAGUAGCAGCAGUCGACGUAACUUUCAAUAUCGUGUUGUUCAAGUUAAGAAUAAUACAGAACUCGAUAUGCGCGGACGUUGUAGUGCUGGACAAAAGGUUCUCGCUUCCCUGAUUAUUCGCAUGGCUUUGAGUGAGACAUUUUCGACAAACUGUGCUGUCAUGGCUCUCGAUGAACCCACAACUAAUCUGGAUCAAGCCAAUAUCGCGUCGUUGUGCGAUGCCAUUGGAAGAAUUAUACAAGAUCAGCAAAAUUUCGGACACUUUAGUUGGAUCAUUAUUACGCAUGACGAAACCUUCUUGCAGAUUUUGGCACCGUAUUUGGAAGCUUCCUACCGAGUAAGUCGGAAUUUCGAAGGAAAAAGUGUGAUUACAAAAAUUGAUUAAUGCAUUGUAAUUUUUUUCUGAAGAUUAGAUUUACUAGCUUUAUUGUGCUACUUAAAUAUAAUAGUUUUUUUUUCAAAAAAAAAAAAAAAAAAUAGAGGAAAACAAAACUGAAUUCCAAUAAACAAUAAAUAACAUAAUGAGCAAAAAGCAUUUAGAUUGU